AUCCGCUAUCUCAAUUUUAAACCUUUCUCUCUCCUUUUUCGAAACCCCUCUUUUCUUCUCCUUUCUCUCUCUUUCCCUCAUCUUCUUCUGUUUUCUGCGAUUCUCAGUAAUAAGGAAAGGAUCGCAAGGGUAAAAUUGUCAGGAGCUGAAGUGAUGGCAUUGAACCACCCUUACAUUCCAAAAGAUCUCGAUCUUCCCGACUACGUUCCCUGUCUCCUCUCUCAAUCCCAGAUCCUGGCCGUCUACGGAGUCGUUUCGGUCCUCGUCGUCUCUCUCAUUUGGAUCGUAUCAGGAUGUUUUCCCAAGAUAUCCAAGACUGAUAGAGUGCUCAUGUGCUGGUGGGCGUUUACGGGACUGACUCACAUUAUCCUUGAGGGUUAUUUUGCUUUCUCUCCAAAUUUCUACAAGGAGAAAUCUCCAUUUUACCUUGCCGAAGUUUGGAAAGAAUACAGCAAAGGAGACUCGAGGUAUGCAGCUAGAGAUUCAGCGGUUGUCACAGUCGAAGGGAUCACUGCUGUGAUAGAAGGUCCGGCUAGCCUUCUAGCUGUGUAUGCCAUAGCGACAAGAAAGUCAUACAGUUACGUGCUUCAGCUCGCCAUCUGUCUGGGCCAGCUCUACGGCGACACUGUCUACUUUAUCACAUCCUACUUGGAAGGCGACAACUUUGCAGCCAGCACCUUCUAUUACUGGGCUUACUAUGUGGGGGCUAAUUUUGCUUGGAUUGUGAUCCCAACUGUCAUCGCAAUCAGGUGCUGGAAAAACAUAAUUGCGUCAAUCGAUGAACCCCAAAAGAAGCGCAAGACACAAUAAGGUAACUACUGUCGGGUACUGAUUCCCGAGUCCAUUUGAGAUAAAUCUCUCUUGUUCAUUUUAUUAUGACUCUUGUUGAAUUUUUGCACUAGGAAAUGUUCUUCCCUGGAAAAUGAUGGGAUGGGUAGCUCCUGUCAUUCUUCUUCUUUUGUUCUUAAUUUUUUUUCUUCUUUUUAUUGGCACUUAACCUUUUCUUUUGGUAGGAAGGAAAUUAUAAAAGUUGCCUCC